AUCUUGAAUUUAGUAUUGUGCCAGUCGGGGGGGUGGUGACAUAUUUUAUUUAACCCGUCAUCACCAUAAUUUUGUGAAUUUGUUGAAAAAAGGAAAAUUAGUGCCGUGUCGAGGUGUGGAUAGUUUAUGUCAGGACUGAACGUGAAAAUGGCGGGUCAGACUAUAAACGAUAGGCUUUUAGCCGCUCGCCACAGUAUAGCCGGGCAAGGCUUAGCAAAAUCGGUAUGCAAAGCCACUACGGAAGAAAUGAUCGCACCCAAAAAGAAACAUUUAGAUUAUCUAGUCCACUGCACAAACGAGCCAAAUGUCUCGAUACCGCAGCUCGCCAACUUGCUCGUCGAGCGAACACAGAACACCAAUUGGGUGGUGGUGUAUAAAGCGCUCAUCACCGUACAUCAUCUACUGGCAUAUGGGAAUGAGAGGUUCACACAAUAUCUAGCAUCAAGUAAUUCAACGUUUCAACUAAGUAAUUUUCUAGAUAAAAGCGGAGUUCAAGGCGCGGCCGGUGCGCGGAUCGGCUAUGACAUGUCGCCAUUCAUCCGGCGGUAUGCCAAGUACAUGAAUGAGAAGGCUCUGUCUUACCGGACGGUCGCUUUUGACUUCUGCAAAGUCAAAAGGGGGAAGGAGGAAGGCUCUCUCCGUAUGAUGAACGCGGAGAAGCUGCUAAAAACGUUGCCAGUCCUGCAGGCACAGCUGGACGCGCUGCUGGAGUUCGACUGCAACGCCAACGAUCUCACCAACGGGGUCAUCAACAUGUGCUUCAUGCUGCUCUUCAGAGAUCUCAUCAGAUUGUUCGCAUGCUACAACGAUGGCAUCAUCAACUUACUGGAGAAAUACUUCGACAUGAACAAGAAAAACUGCCGCGACGCUCUCGAUCUCUAUAAGAAGUUCCUCAUCAGAAUGGAUAGGGUCGGAGAGUUCCUUAAGGUGGCAGAGAACGUGGGCAUAGACAAGGGUGACAUUCCGGAUCUCACGAAAGCGCCGAGCAGCUUGUUAGACGCGCUCGAAGGACAUUUAAACACACUGGAAGGCAAGAAGGGCUCCGCCGCCAACACUCCCACGCAGACCGCCAGUGCCCAAAAGAACGUGGCCUCCGUUAUGGGAGCGCUAUCAUCCACGUCCUCAUCGUUCGGCAACGUAGCGGCCUCGUCGCGACUCGACAAGGCAUCAAACGGCGCCGGCCUCUUCAUAGACGACCCGCUUGCCCAGCAAGCGUUGGCUGAAGAAGAAGCCGCAAUGAAUCAAUACAAGGUGAAUUUAUUACAAGGGGAGGAAUGGACGGGCGAGGAAGACAUUUCCGUCAUUAUAAACAAAGUUCAGUCACCGACGAACGCGGCAAACAACCCGUUCCUCUCGUCCGCACCGCCCGCCAACCAAAACCAGUCCAUCGUGGAUCUGUUCGGCCCCACGCCGGCGGACGGCGCCAGCGCCGCCAGCAAAGCCUCGGACGACUUGCUGUCGCUCGGCAACCCGUUUGCUGACAUGUUUGGAGCGGCCCCACAACCGGCGCCGGUGUGGCCCCAGCAACCGACCAACGGUUUCACGCCGUUCCCGCCGCAGCAGAACAACACUUUCGUCUCUGAGGCUAACUUCUCUAACGUUUUCAAUAACACUGAUACCACAGCUGCCGCGGCAAACCCAUUCAUGGGUAUGGGAGACCCCACUCAACCAAUCUCCGCCUCCCCCGCUCGCCCACCGCCACCGGCCCAUCCUCCCCAACCCAAAUCCGCCUUCGACGAUCUCGAAGACGUCAUGCGAAUGUCCCUGGGGGGCUCCCCCGCCAAGUCCCAACCGAUAACCCAACAGCCGCAGCCGAUGGCGGCCGCGCAGCCCCUCGGCGACGUCAUGCCCAUGGGCGCGCCGCAGCCGAUGAUGUUCGGCUCGCCCGCAAGACAGCCGAUGGUGCCGAUGACAGCUAUGGCAGGUCAGCAGCAGCAGCAGCAACCCAAUAAAGUGUUGACGGGCGACUUGGACUCGUCACUCGCCUCCUUGGCUAACAACCUUACCAUCAACAAAUCCGCCACGGCACCGAAGCCGAUGCAGUGGAACUCGCCAAAGAACGGAUCGAAGCCGGGCGCCGCGUGGAGCCCCCAGCCCAUGCAGGCCACCACCGGCGCGGGAUACCGCCCAAUGGGUCCAGGCAUGAACCUCCCGCCCAUGCCCCAUACUUUGCCCCAUACAUACCACCCCCCGCAUUACGUUAUGCAACAGCCAGGCAUGGUAAUGGGCAUGCCCGGGACGCCGAUGCCGGCGAUGGCCAUGGGGCAACCCAUGCGACCGCAGUUUCCACCGCAGCCAACCAACCAGUUUAGCUAAACAUGCUUAUUGUACUAGCGUUGUUAUAUCGCGUUUUCUAUGUAGUAUCUUAGCGGAACCAUAUAGCUCCAGUGACUAUUCUAAUACUAAAUCUGUUGGAGACCUAAUAACUUAUUUUUUUAAUUAGGCAUGUCACUUGCUAUCUUAUACAACAGUAAAUUGCAUAAGAUGGGGACAGAUUGUAAUAAUGUCGCCAGACAUCACAAAAAGUAGAUCUGAUGCCUCGAUCGAAUGUGUUAAACGUAACAGUGAAUAUACCAGUCAAAUUGUAAUUUAUUGGAAGGCUAUUUCCUUUCUUACGUGUAGGAACACUAAGUUAGAAGAUUGAAACUGUACCUAUUUAUAACGUGAUUCAUUUUCCCACUAGUUACCACCAAGUUCUUACCAGUGGUAACUACUGGGAAAAAAAUCCCAGCAGUUACGACCAACUUGGUUUGGUGGUGGUAAAAGGUGGGAUUUUUUUCCCCAGUAAUUACAAUAAAAAUUUUGUUAGCGUUAAAUACUAAUAAAAACAGUAUAAAAAUAGAGUGCUUUAAUCAACAAAUUAUAUAAGUCGAUUAGUGUUUCAGUAAACUGUCGUAAAAGUGAUAAAAUAUAACUAUUAAUAAAUUGUAUUAACAUCACAGUUAUCCGAACGAACAAACAAAUUAGUCAAAAACCGACUUAUUUUGAUAACUUUUAUUAUUGGAAGGGACCUUAUUGCCGAUGGCGCUUACGCCAUUAUCAACGAUGCUCCUAUAUAAAUACAACGUUGCGCUACGCAGUGCGGCGUAAGCGCCCUCGACAAAAGGUCCAACUUCAUAGAUAACUUCACAAUUAAUUCAAUUUACAAUUAAUAAGAUAAAUUUCAUCCAAACGUUAAUUUCUCCUUAACUAUUUUAGUUUUGGCACUUGCACCGGUAAAACAGUUUUAAUAUUUUUGAUAACUUUUAAGGCAGUUUACUGAAACGACGAAUCGACUUACAAUUAUUUAUACUGUUACUUUUUCUAUAAUUUUUAUUAGUUUUGAACUCUAACAACAUUUUGGUGGUAACUACUGGGAAAAAAAAUCCUAGUAACAUUAACAUUAACAUUGGUAACAACUUGGUGGUAACUACUGGGAAUAACCCGAAAAAUAGGGUCUUCAGUAGAUCUGUCUGCCACAUUUUUUCUCGUAACCUAGCAACAGUUAUGAUUGCUCAUUUUUGCAUAUAAAUACUUAACGACGCUACAUAGAACUCAAGUAUACCUGCAUAUUAUAUUUUGUAACUGUUUCAACCAAUGAAUCGAGGUUAAGUCAUUGAAUGUAAAUCUGACUUAGUAGUAAAAUAUCUAAGUUUACACAUGUAUAAAUAGUAUGUAUCUUAAUAACGCAGAUGUUACUAUUCUGUUGCGAGUUACCUAAUUAAUUGGUUAGUUAAUUGAUUUAUAUCAUUCGUUAAUUAUCAUGAAACAGUCAAUUAUUAUUAUUAUUUGGAUAUAAAAUUCAUGCUUUCUUCCAAUUGUAAAUAAAAUAAAAAUAAAAUUAUGAUUAUUUUAAUUCCUUGAUUGAUUAUACUUUAUUUCACUAUGAGAAUAAGUAUUUUGUGUGUGCGAUUUCAAUACUAUUUUUCUAGAAAUCAAAUAUUUCGUUAGUAAAUUAUACACUAAACUUUAUUUUGCUUCGUAUGACAAUUUAUUAUUAUGUCUUAAUGAAUUUUUCUUAUGAAAACGGUGCAUAUAUCAUUAUAUUUUGUUAUCAAACAUCACAUUCCAUAUUUGUACAAAAGUAUAUUUGACUGCAGGUUGAUUAAAACGUUAUUCCCGAUACCUAGCUAUUAUGACAUAUUUAGCAUUUCAACUGGAAUUUAAGUGAACAUCUCAUAUUAACUUUAACAAAACGUAAAUAUAUAAAUGUAACUUGUAAAUGUUAGUGUUGAUGCUUUAUGAAAUAAAAUAGAAUACCGUAGUGUGGAAUGCAUUGCCGAUGAAUGCUGCAUACACUGAUUGUAAGAAUGUUGUAUCCCUUAAUUUACUUUUUUAGUUAUUCCAGAAUUACAUUACAUUAGUACUUAAAUAUAUUCCAUCAACCAACAGCAUAUCAAAACUAUAAACUACCUACAUUUCAUUUUAUUAAAUAUUAUUUACAGUGGCUUAUUGAGAGAUUUCUAAUGUUUAAAAGUAUUCUAGUAUCACAGUUAUGUCAAUAAUGCGUCUUACGUUUACAAAAUUCUAGCCGUUAAGUGUGCUAAAAAGUACUAGCCGAUAACUAAUCUACUUUUAGUGUCAUCAGAUUUAUAUUUAUGUGUGGCAAUGAUUUUGCAUACUUUCCUAUAGUCAUAGCUUAAGCGUAGCAUAUCUGUUUCACGAAAUCCACUUCUAGCGUUGUUUCGAUACAUAAAUAACCCUGUUAUUUCCAUAUCUUUGUAUAAUCUUAUGUAUAGGUAAAUUACUAUAAUAGAGAAACCCUUAACAAAAUAAAAAGAAAAAAUAUUUAAUUAUUGUUAAUCAAAGUAAAUCAACAAUAACACAAGUUGAAAUAUCUGAGCACUACAAAAGGCUAUUUUGGUUAAACAAUGUUUAAAUAUAUUUGAAAUGAGGGUGUUUGUAUAGGAGUUAUUCGCAUUAGAUUGUUACUGAAAUUAGGUGUUACGGGUGUAUAUUCUAUCGUGUGGCUGUUGUGAAUAUAAGGACUAGGUGCUUAUUUCGGAAACUAUUAAACGUGCGUAUCGUGCAUUCUCAGUUAUCUUCGCCUCUACACAGUUUAAGACUAUUUUCUGGUCGAUUACCCCCCUUCUAUAAAGAGUGUCGUACUUACCCUUACGAAAUGCACCCCUUGGUCGAAUGACAAUAAGACGUUUCUGACAUAAAUAUCCAAUCAUUGGAAACCAUGCUUAUUGACAACCGGCCAAGUUGUACGUAAGUUUAACAUAAGAACGUCAUAUUUUUUUAAUGAAGGGAAGCUGCUCUCGUUAAAUUUGAGAUUUUUUUCAGUUAUGAUAGUGUAAUAUGUAAUCUAAUGUAACUAAGUUACUUAUAUUUUUGAUUUUGAGAUGCAAAAACGAAAUAAUUAAUGGUAUAUGAUAUCAUUUGCAAUUGUAUAUGAGAUCUGUUGAGUAAUUAUGAGUAUUUUAUGCAGUUUAGCCAGGAACUUGACAGUUAUGGCAGUUUAUGAGUUUAUCGACAAUAUUAGCAAAUAUUAUUAUCAUCAUUUGUACGCUAUUAAUUGUCAGAAGUUCCUAGCUCUACUUUUGACUGCUAGUAUUUAUUUGUGCAAUAUUUUGUUAUUUAUAAACUACAGGCAUUUCGCAACUGGUUAACAUAGGUAUGUCACGUAUUUUUGGUGUGAAUUUUUAGUUUGACUUCACAAAAACUAACACUAAUUCCAAUUGUUGAUAUGACUUCUAAGUUGCAAAUCAACUUAGGAAAAAUGGGAGCCUACACUCAAAUAAGUAUCUUAUAAAUUGAUUUGAUAACCGGGCAGAUUCUCCACCUACUGCUCAGGUGAAAUGUUCUAUGUAAAAUAAAAUUAGUAUUAUAGCAGUUGCAUCUAACACCACUUCUGUACAUGCCUAAAUUGUUUAAAAUAAUUUGGUUAUUAAAGCCAUACUAUACUAUAUGGUAAUUUACAGUAUUAGAUGUAAAGUUUCCCAUCAUACCCAUGUUUAUUAUAGAGUGGUUUAUAAAGACAAAAAAAAAGAUGAUGCCGCUGUACCCAUUUUUGUAAAAGAUAUGAAAAAAGAAAUACAUUACACAUAGUCACUGGCAUUUUCAGUUCGUUCUGUGAUGUUUGCUUCGACUGAUUUAUUUGAAAAUGUUAGAAUAAGGGAGGCGGGAGUCAAUGCAAUGUAGUAACUGUUUGGCGAGUGAAGAGUCGCCGAGCGAUGACGGUUUCUGAUUGAACUAGAGUCUUCUACGGUUAGUUAGAUGUGUAGAAUACGGUAACCAGCAACAAUAAUCAUGACAGUAAUCAGUACAGCCUCACUUCGCCCUCGAUGUAACUGUCAUAGUUCACAAUAUUUUGAACCAUGAGUUAACACAUGAGUCAUUAUUGUUGUUGCGUGUGUGACUGCCCAAAAUGAUUUAUAAUUAGUAGCACUAGUAUAACCUUUAAAAUUUUAAAGUUGUACAUUUUAUUAUUUUUAUCAAUAUAAUGUUUUGUUUAUUUUUUUAUUUUAUGUAAAUACCCUCUUAUUAUUACUUACUAGUAGACUUAUGUCAUGCCUUUAGAUAUUCAAUUUUAGAUUAUUUAUGAAAUGAAUAAAUCAUACAGAUUA